UUUUCUAUGUGAGAGUUGAAACAUUAGAUAAGUUACCAAUAGAAAACAAGUAAAUGAGUGUAGUCUUAUUAGAAGGGAAAAUAAACAUGAACCUUUAGAAGGAUAAAAGACUAUCUAGAUGAUAAUACAGAACCAUUAACCAGAAACAAUAAUACAGGUAAAAGAAUAUCUUGACAAUACAGUAAUAAUACAGUACCGUCCAGAAAUCAUUACAAGGAUAGAGAAUAUCUAGACAAUCAUACAGUUCCGUCCAGAAAACAUUACAAGGAAGAGAGACAAUCACCACAAUCAUACUUUACCGUCCAGAAACCAUUACAAGGAUAGAGAGAAUACCUACACAAUUAUACAGUUCCAUCCAGAAACCAUAACAAGGAUAGAGAGAAUACCUAAACAAUACAGUACCGCGUCCAGAAACCAUUCCAAGGAUAGAGAGAAUAUCUAGACAAUCAUACAAUACAAUCCAGAAACCAUAACAAGGAUAGAGAGAAUAUUUAUACAAUUAAACAGUAUCAACAAAAAAAUAGACCAGGAUAAAAGUCUAUUUAGGUAAUAAUAUAGAAACCAUUACAAAGAAAAGACUAAAGACAAUAAUACAAAAACAACCAGAAACCAUUACAAGAUAAGGGAGAGUUCCUAGACAAUCAUACAGUACCAACAAGAAACCAUUACAAGGAUAGAGAGAAUAUCUGUACAGACAAACCAUUAAGAAUCUCUACAGAUUUAAAGACAAUUAUGUCUUGCAGUAAAACAGAAUCAUUGCAUUUUUAUAAAUAUUUGUGUCAGAAGAUUGGAUCAGAAGAAGUAGUAAAAGCUAGACGACUGACACUUAUAAGUACAGACGUCGAAUCUUCCACCAAAUUACUUCCUCAAAUAAGCAGUGGAAGUAAGGGAGAAGGACUAAAUCUUAAAGGUAGUGAUCAUGAUAUAAUGUUCAUUCAUCCUUUAUAUGCAGUAAUCGAAUCAGAUAAAGAUUUUGUCCAGAAUUUGAGGACUGUGUUUGUCAUGGAUACUGAUGACACAUCUCCUUGUUUUACACAUCUACGCUUGUAUGACAAUUAUGCUACUAUACCAUAUAGUAUUAAACAAAAUCUACAACAACACAGAGGAGAGAACCUACUUUCAAAUGAGCUAUUUAAGUCACAGAUAGAGAAUAUUAUUCAACCGGUUUUUCCAGAAAUGCCCACUAUAUUUCAUGGUCCUUGCUUAUCAGACAUUUAUGGUUAUAUUGAUUUAGCAUUUUGCCUUAAAGCUGAUCAGUGGGUAUCUCAAGCUCAACCAUGGAUCUCUAGAUCACGUUCAUUAUGGCCUAAAUCUGAAAUUAUUUCCAAAAUUAAAUCAUGCGGUGUUUUAUUUGUUCCAAUUGGUAACAAGGGGUCCAUAAAUGAGAAUCUGCAGUGGCGAAUAUCAUUUUCUGUAGCAGAAAAAGUACUCAUAUUUUCUUUUAGUCAUACCCAGUUACUAUGCUAUGCUAUGUUAAAAAUAUUACUGAAAGAAAUAGUAGAUAGAAAUGAAGAUCUAAAAGGUUUAUUGUGUUCAUACUUUUUGAAGACCCUUAUUUUUUGGAUUUCAGAAGAAACAGAAACAUCAGUCUGGAGACCAGACAAUAUUAUACCCUGUUUUAUGGCUUGUUUACAAAGGUUACUAUACUGUUUAGAAUAUUCAACAUUGUUACAUUAUUUCAUUCCUGAAAAUAACUUGUUUUAUUUAAGGUUUAACAGUAUAAACAGGAACACAUUAAUCAACAUCUUUAAAAAUUCAUAUCAAAUAGGAGUUCAGAUUUUCUCAUCAUCUCAGACUUUGCAUGAUUAUAGAAGGUUUCCAUGCGAAAUAACAAGAUCAGUGUAUGAAAUUAAUUCAAUAAUGAAGUCAAUUAAAGCGCAAGGUGACAGUAAACAGUUACUUUUCAUAAACAUGCUAAACAUGUUCAAUACUUUGCUACAUCAUUGUAAAACAUUAUUAUCUAGAUAUAUCUUUAAACAGACAAUUGCAACUGCAUAUCGAAUAAUCCCUUUUGCACUUCCACAUAUAAUUAACACAAACAAUAAAAAACAAUACAAAAACUACAAAUGUGAGCUCAGCCAGUUGUUGGUUGGUGUACAUUCAGAUGCAGUUUCAGGGUGGCUGAAAUUGGCUUCUUUCUUCUAUGUUCACAAAAAAUAUUUAACAUCAAUAAAUAUUAUAAAUUACAGUUUGUCAAAAUGUACAGAUGAAUCUUUUUUGUCAAAGACGACACCGAAACAGAUGCAGAAACUGAAGUUUAUACCAUUGUUGAAGACAUUUUCAUUUCCAUUUGUUACAUUUAAAAUGUUAGGAUCAAAUUCCUCAGGCAUCCCAAAGGAACUUCAGUCUGGUAGAACCAUUUUGGGAUUAUUUGCUGGUAUUUCCCUAAAUGUCAUAUCAUUUGCACAUUUCCUGAAUUUUCUAUGUUGUUACCAUCUACAGGACUUUAGAUCAUGUCUAGAUUGUAUAAAUAAGUUAUCAGAAAUAGAAAUAGCAAAUCCUUUUAUUUCUAGUCAACAUUUAAUUUUACUGGGAAUAGCUGUUCAGUUGUUAGGUGAUAGAGAAAGAGCAAAACAUUAUUUUUAUCUUGCUGCACAGAGAGAUAAGUAUAACUUCACAAGUGCUGCAUCCAGACUGUGUCAACUCUGAUCACAGAGAGAUAAGUAUAACUACACAAGUGCUGCAUCCAGACUGUGUCAACUCUGAUCACAGAGAGAUAAGUAUAACUUCACAGGUGCUGCAUUCAGACUGUGUCAACUCUGAUGAGGAUGCCUGGCUUAUGAUGUAUUUUGUUAACACAAAUUGCCCCAAUUCUUUUUUUACUUUUUUCCAGAAACAAGAUUACAAAUGUCAAACAAGCAUAUUAUGCUUUAUAGUAAAAUUCCUUGAAUAACUUAAAGGUCUGCUGACUAUAAUAAACGUUAUCACAUGAAAAUUAAAGUAUUCCCUGAAAUCACACAAAAUAAGUUAUAUAUAGCUUAAAAUUGAUGUUAACAGGAGGCUGGAAGGAUGUACUUCACUCACCUGGUAAUCAUUAUGACUGCAAUCUUAACAAUGAAUAACCUAAGUCGUGGAUAAUUCUAGUCAAAUUAAUUUUUCAACUGAUAAAAGGUUUUUGGAGACGAGCUAUUUUACAGUAGUUAUCUAUGUGGUAUUUGCAUCCACCUAUUUAGUUUUAGAUUUUCAAAUUAAGUUGGCCUUGAGUAGCACUGAACAGACAUUAAUUGUAAAAAUACACCUGUGCAUGCUCUGUGGCAGUAAGAUUUGUACUGCUAAUGUUAUUAAUGCUGCUAGGAACUGAACUUGUAGCAUAUAUAUUCUUUUGCAUCCACUGAAGAACACCUAAAUGCAGAACAUGCCAUUGGAUACAAACUAAUAAUAAAUGUAUGGAUUAUCUGUGAAUUUACCAUUCAAUAUACUGGUAAUUCCCCUGUAAUUACAUUUAUAAUAAAAGAGGAGGUAUGAUAGCGCCAUUAUCUGGCCUCAGGCAUUCUAAAAUAGUUAAAUCAUAAAUUAUCUUUAAAGUUAAAAAAUUAUGUUACUUAUAUUGAUAAAUGAACAAGAAGUUAUAAUAAGAAUUCUUCAGUGCAGAAAGGUCAUGCGUAAUGUCACUAUGAUCAUGAUGAUGUCAUAUGUUGAUAUUGACAUAUUUGACCUAAAAUGGCAAUUUUCCCGACACUUUUAGAAACAUUGUGUUAGCAAAGGUCUUACCCAGAAACAUAUUUUACACAGAUUAAAAUGUUUGUAAAAUACAACUUGCAGAACAAUAUAUGUACGGGUAAAGCCUUGGUUCAUAUCAAAAUAUUUAAUGGAAAGAUAUCAAAAUGAGGCUAUUUUAACAGUUUUUUCAAUUUUACAACAAGUUUGAAGUAUGACAAAAUUCUAAAUAUUUAUACUGAUGUCUGACAGACUAAAGUCUAGCAAACAUCUGAGGAUCUUAUUUAGUAUAUUUCUAAUAUUUCUAUAUUUUCAAAAUGAAGGGGCCAAAAAGUGGCCUGAUCAAACCUCAUCCUUUCAUAUUUUUUGUUGUAUUUUAAAUGGUAAUUAUGCUAUAACUAAAUAACAAUGUACAUGUAUGUAUACUACAUCAUUUCAUUUCACACCAUAUAAUUAUAAUCAAAUAUAUAUGUACACUGUUGUAUUAUAUAUCAUUUCAUUUCACAGCAUAUAAUUAUAAUCAAAUAUUGAUGUACAUUGUUGUAUAUUAUAUCAUUUCAUUUCACAGCAUAUAAUUAUAAUCAAAUAUUUAUGUACAUUGUUGUAUAUUAUAUCAUUUCAU